CACACAUAACUUAAUAAUCAGAGAGAGAGAGCGAGAAAGAGAGAGAGAGAGAGAGAGAGAGAGAAAGAGACCGCAUGUAGAGAGAGGGGGUUAGCGCUUGCAGAGAGGGAGAGAGCACAGGAGCAGAGAAAGGGAGUGUGACAGAAAAUAAAGACAGAUAUUGAGAGCGCUGAGGAAGAGUGACCGAGAGUGACAGCCCAGAGAGAAAGAGAGGGAGGGAAGGAAAGAGAGGGAGAGAAAGAGAGGGAGAGAAAGAGAGGGAGAGAGGGAGGGAAGGACUGACCAGAAUGACGGAGGGAGGAGGGACAGGAGGAGGAAAGUAGAAGAGAGGAAGAGAGAUAUUGAAAGAGUCAGCACAGUUAGCGAGUGAGGGAGGGAGCCAGUGAGAAGAGAGAAAGAAAGAGGGAGAAAGAGGGAGCAAAAAAAAUAAAGAGCAAAAGAGGUACAGCUCAGCAAAUCAGGGCUUUCAGCCAGCACAGCUAUUCCCUGCUCAGCUGUUGUGUUCCAGCCAGAGAGGAGAGUUUCAUUGCCUCUGAAAAGCGAGAUAGAGCAACAAAAAAACGAGAGAAAGAGAGAGAGGAAGAAGCUAACUUGCUGUGGAAGAGUGGGAGAGAGAGAGAGCGAGAGAGCAAGGGAGACCGAGAGAGAGAGAGAGAGAGAGAGAGAGAGACAGAGAGACAGAGAGACAGAGAGAAUAAGAGGUUCUCUGUCCAGAGUUUAGGAAGAGAAAAUGGAUUCCGACUCGGGGGAGCAGAGUGAGGGGGAUCUCUCUCCAGGCCAGGAGUGUUUCAACUCUCGCUCCCUGGCCCUCCAGGCACAGAAAAAGAUCCUAUCCAAGAUGGCGACCGUGGCGGUGGCCAACCUCCUGACGGACGACGUCAGCAGUGAGAUCCUGGACGAGCUGUACAAGGUCAGCCGGGAGUUCACCAAGAGUAAGAAGGAGGCCCACAAGAUCGUCAAAGACGUCAUCAAGAUCGCCCUGAAGAUCGGCAUCCUAUACCGCAACCACCAGUUCAGCCCAGACGAACUGGACACGGUCGAACGCUUCAAGAAAAAGAUGAACCAGGCAGCCAUGACGGCGGUCAGCUUCUACGAGGUGGACUACACGUUCGACCACCGCAUUCUGUCAGAGUUGCUGCUGGAAUGCCGGGAUCUUCUGCAUGCGCUGGUGGAGCAGCACCUGACCCUGCGGUCGCACACUCGCAUCGACCACGUGUUCAACCACUUUGCCCACGGGGAGUUCCUGGCCGAGCUGUACGGAGAUGGAGAGGAUUACAGACUGUACCUGAGGAAGAUCUGCAACGGGAUCAACAAACUGCUGGACGAGGGAACGCUUUAACCUCUGACCCCUGAUCUCUCACCUCUCACCUGACAUUUGACCCUGCUCCUCCCUUCCUAUUACUCAAUCUCCAUGGUUGCGGCUCAAUAAUCCCCCCUUUCUCCUGAAGUGUGCACUUGUUCACCUACCUUCAUGGAUUUGAAAGGAAAUUAUUGGUAUAUGGAACUUCCUUGUAGCCCAUGCCUACACUAAUCCAAUAUUUUUACAUUUGUGGGGAGUAGCAGAUGAGUGCACACUUCAGGAAGAAGGAGAGAUUAUUGGGACACACUCCUCCUCUUCCUCCGGUCUCUCCACGGAUCUGCUUUCCCUCCUCUCAUUCCUUCUCUUUUUAAAAACCCUGAUCUGUUCUGUUCUACCUUUAACCUUAUUUUUCCUCCUGUUCUCCAACUUCCUCCUCUCUUUUCUCUCCUCCUCUCCCACUUCCUCCUCUCU